AGAGCCUGGGACGAAUAUUAAAAUAAGAUGGCGAAGAAAGCAGCGGUAAACAUGUGAAGAUAAUUCUACAUUUCAAAACAAACACAGUCUUAUCCGAGAAAACGUGCAAGGCUAGCAUGGCGUUUCCGCUCCAAGGAGGGCAAGAGUCACAGAAUAGACAGAUUCUCCAAGACCUUCAACAAAAGCGCCAGAUGCUUUUAAAUCAAGGCCAAGCUGGCACUGGAAAUAUAGGGCCUAAUCUUUCUACAAGUCGUUCAACGGGACCAGAAGCUUCCACAUCAACAUCUGUUCCAAACAUUAAGCCUCAUGAGGCCCCAAUCAUUCGUAACCCAGCAGACAUGUCAAUAAGUCAGCGACAAGCUCUUGAGGUUCUUAGCCAAAGAGAAAAGAUACUGUGAUAGGGAGAAAGGGAUUGCCAAAACAUUGGAGGUGGAUUGUCUUAACAGUUGGUACAUUGGCAGCCAAAUUUGGAUGCUGGGUACUGCAAUAGUUAAUCUGGACAUUGGGCAGUACACUGCUUUGGCUUUGUAGCAGUGUGUUAAAAAUAAAUAAAUAAAUAAAUAAAU